AGUUUUUUUUUCAUUCUGCGAAUUAUUAUAUGGUGGUGAACACGUUUUUCUUUGGAUAGCAUGCGGUAAUUUAUGUUACAAAUUAAAUCGCAAUUGAAUAUUUUUUUAAAUUUAUUAUUACUGUCUUUCAGUUUCUGUCAUUAUUUCUUAAAUCUAUUUAAAUAAUUAUUACAUAAUGGCUAAUAGGUGUGACUGUAGUCAAAAAGGCCUGCUAGUUGGUAUUGGUAAUCCUUUGUUGGAUAUAUCAGCUAUUGUGGAUGAAUCCCUUCUUCAGAAAUAUGAACUGCAAGCAGAUGGAGCCAUCAUGGCUGAAGAGAAACAUAUGCCACUCUACAAAGAGCUUAUGGAAAAAUACAAUGCAGAAUUCAUAGCAGGUGGUAGUGUUCAGAAUUCCUUACGUGUGGCACAAUGGAUCCUUAAGAAACCAAAUGUAUGCACAUACUUUGGUUGUGUGGGCAAUGACGAUUACGCACGGAUUUUAAGAGAAAGAGCCGAGGCUGAAGGAGUAACAGUCCGAUACCAAGUAACAGACGAAGCACCAACGGGAACAUGCGCGGUACUAGUCACGGGGACACAUAGGUCGUUAUGUGCCAACCUUGCUGCAGCACAGAAGUUCACACCAGAUCAUUUAGAGAAGGAAGACUGUCGGAAGAGUAUUCGCAGCGCAAAGUUCUUCUAUGCAUCAGGUUUCUUCGUAGCAGUUUCACCCGAGUCAAUAAUGCAACUCGCCAAACAUGCGCAAGACCAUUCACAUACGUUCGUUAUGAAUUUGAGCGCACCUUUUGUUUCUCAGUUCUACAAGGAACCAUUGUCAGAAAUUAUGCCGUAUGUGGAUGUUUUAUUUGGUAACGAAUCUGAAGCGGAAGCAUUUGCACAAGCUUUCAAUAUAACUGAAACGGAUUUGCAGCAAGUAGCCCUUAAAAUAGCCGCUUUGCCAAAGCUGAAUUCCCGAAAACGUGUCGUAGUAAUCACCCAAGGAAAGGACCCAGUCAUUUUAGUGGAGGGACCCAAAAUAUCCUUAAUACCAGUUAUUUCUCUGUCCCGGGAACAAAUUGUGGACACCAAUGGAGCCGGGGAUGCAUUCACAGGGGGUUUUCUAAGUCAAUUAGUUAUGGGAAAGUCCUAUGAAACGUGUGUCAAAUGUGGUAUAUAUAGUGCAACACAUAUUAUACAGCAUUCGGGUUGCACUGUUAGUGGUGAAAGUGAUUUUCAAGAAUAAUGUUAUUAAGCCACUCAAGUGUGACUUAAUAUAGCUAUAAUUUUCAUAUGAACAGGUAGAAUCCAAUUAUUGUGAUUUCAGUGAGAUUGUAUAAUUAUUACUUUAAAUUGUUGUGAACCGUAAUGAAAAAAUUUACUAAAAUCUAAAGUAAUAUUGUACCUGUCUUGUCAAAGAAUGUCGCUUUGAUAUGUCAAUGUGACCAUUGCUUUUUAAUCGACAAUAUUUAAUAAAUAUCAAUGAUCAAGGUACUUUUACUUGAAAGGACAUCUAUAUCUAUUUCAGACUAACAAUGUAAGUGUUGUUAAAAUUAUUUUUUAUGUUCGGUAAUUUUAAUAUGUAUUCAGCAAUAAAUAUGCAAGAAAAGCAAUAUAUGAAUUUUGUUGUAAAUGUCUCAAUGUUUGACAUUAUUUACUAUAUAAGUUUAACUUAAUGUUUAUUUGAUUAUUAUGAAUUCAAAAUAAUUGUUUUGCCUAAAAAAAUUAAAAGAAAUAACUGGCAACAUGUGUUGUUUUUACAGAGACAAUAGAGCAAUGUAGAUUUUAAUGUAUUUUGAUAGGAUUUUUUUUCAAUUCUACUGCAGUGUUAAUAGUAAAUAGACAUUGUUAAAAGAAAAUGGCUACCAUAAAUAAUCAUAAAACAUUGUGCUAAAAGCAUGAUACCAUUAAAACAAAUAUAGUUUUAAGCACUGUCAAAACAUUUAUCUACUAGACUAGACUAUUACUUAAAGGGUUAUGUUUCCGUUGAAGUCAUAGACUACAGAAUUUAGUUUAGUGCACAAUAUUACAUCAAAGAGAAGUUGUUACCGGAUCUGUAAGAUAGUUUAAAGUGUUUGUACUUAUGAGCUAUGGAUGAUAUGAAUAAAUAGUUUUUUUUAA